GGGUUUUAUCAGUAUAAAUGAAGCAGCAAUUCUAUAGCUUUAAUCUACAUUUCGAACCAGAAAUUAUAGUAAAUCAGAGACAAUGAGAGGAACAUGGAUGUUGAGUUGGAUUCUGAUCAUCUGCCUCUCCCAAGUAGCAGUGCAGAGCCAAUACUACUCGGAGACCCUACCAUAUCAUCCCAGGCCAGUUAAGGUCACCAAUCUUCACUUCUUUAUGCACAGAACUACGGGUGUUACAAUAGUCGUGGUAGCCCAAGCUAACAGCACAAGCAACGACAAUAAUUCAUCAGUGCCAUUUGCCUCCUUAUUUGCCAUUAAUGAUCCCCUCAGGACUGGUCCUGAGCCUGACUCAGAGUUGAUUGGAAAUAUUCAGGGUAUUGCGUCAGUGGCCGGAAUGAAUGCAUCGAGCACGGAAUACCUAGAUUUUGGAUUUAAUACUGGUAAGUUUAACGGUAGCUCUCUAAGCGUAUUUUCAAGGGGAGAACCUGAUCUUGCCGUGGUCGGAGGAAGAGGACAAUUCAUGAUGGCAAGAGGGGUUGCACAAUUUAAUCCUAUCCUUGUAAAUGCCACCAAUAUCAUUGCUGAAUUUAACGUUACUGUAAUUCAUUACUAAGGUGUUAUUUACAGACUCAAUUCUCUUGGAUUGUGAAAAA